ACGUUCUGAUUGUUCCAGCGAAUCGCCGCGAGUGCUUAAAGAGAUACCGCUCACCUACUUCCGCAGCUACACCUACCAACCGAUCGCCGGCAAUCCUUUCGCCGCCUUUCCCUACUACCAACAUGCGGCGAGCGCCAUGCCGUCGCCGCUGCUUGCGGGUCCUGCGCGUUACGAGCAUGGCACUUACCUGCAUGGCAGCGCAUAUCCUGUUAGUGUUGCAAUGCCACAUCCGCAGCAGCAGCAGCAACUACAAUCAAUGCUGCCACAAAUGUAUCAGCUGGCACAGACGCCUGUGUUGCACGCGAAGCCGCCGCCGAGUCCAACAACUACCACCAGUACCACCAGCACUGAGCCGCCUACGACCACAAGCACCACCACUACUACAACAACGACGACCACAACACCGCCACCACCAACAACGACGACCGUAAGCAGCAGCACCAGCGCGACAAGCGCAUCCCUCUCGCAGCUGAGGGCGACUCAGCACCAGCCGCAACCUCAACCGUAUCCAUAUCCCUACCCAACCUACAAUCGUCGUGCCUACAUGGGUUAC